AUGCGGAUACGAAUUCAUGCUGGUGGCGCAUAUGCUGAUGUUUUUCUCAGCGACCGAGGAAAAGAAGUGGCAUUAUUAUUGUGCGUGGAUGAUUGGAAUUAUGAAGUAGUUUAUUGGUUACUAAACUCUUGGUCAAAUUCUCAGAUGAUGAACGGUGGGGAAGUGAGAGGGGGGAACAUACCACCCAUUGAUGUCAAAAAAUUUGAGGAAAUGAACAAAAUGAUGGGUUACGUAGCCAGAAGACUUGGGGAAGAGGGAGGAAAAGCGCUUGAGAAAUCAAGAAAGACCAAGUAUACUGGAAAAGAUUCCGUGAAAGAAGUGCUAUCAGGCAUGAUUAAAAUUGUAACAACAGAAGAGGACAUCGUGAAUUUCAUGGGUCGCUCUAUGGUGAGGUUUUCAUGGUAUGAAUUUGAGGAACAUCGUCUGCCGGAUUCCGUCAAAACGGUAGAUGUUGCAGAGCCAUUCUGGAGUUUUGUGUGCGACAGCUUUGCGGGCUAUCUUGUCAAAAUUUGUGCUUGUACAAGCCUUGUUGACAUACGUAAGAUGAAGACAAAUGGCACGGGUCAAAAUAAUUGGAGGAUUGCCACCUCUUUGCUAUUUCAUCUCUCCCAUUUCCUAAUAGAUAUCAUACAUAAACCAAUGGGGCAUAAUUGUAAGGACUUUUGCACCAGAAAGAUUCUUCGCAAUGCUGCGGAGAAGGCGGCGGGUAACCAACAAAAGUUUAUCGAGAUGCUGCAAAAGAACGCAAUGUGGAGGUGCUACGAUGACGCUGCGGCGCUCAGCCUGGAAGACGCUAUGCAAACGGUGUUACAUUCAAUUGUAAAAUUUCGGGACGAAGAUGUGGGGACAGAGGUUGCACAAGCUUUGCUAUGCAAGUUGGAUGAGCAAAGUAUAAAGGAAUUUAUGAAUGCUGCAGAUGAGAGAGGGAGGACUGCUCUUCACAGCGCUUCAGAGAAAGGAAACGCACGUAUCUGUAGACUACUUGCUGAUCAUGGUGCUUUAGUGACUGCCCAUGACAAGAAAGGUAUGACGGCCCUGCACUCUGCAUUUGAAGGAGGGACUGACAAAGUUAUAGAUGUGGAGACAGAAAUUGCACAAGUUUUACUAAGCAGGUGUGAUAAGGAAACUAUACAUGAGUUUGUCAAUGCUGCAGAUAAUAGAGGGAGGAGUGCUCUUCACAGAGCUUCAGAGAAAGGAAACACAUAUAUCUGUGAACUGCUUGUUGGUCAUGGUGUUUCAGUAACCGCUAAAGACAACUUUGGUAUGACAGCCCUGCACUAUGCAUUUGAAGGGACUGAAAAACUUAUCGAUGUGGAGACAAAAAUUACAGAAACGUUGUUAUGUGGGACUGGGGGUGAUGACCAAAGUAUUUCUGAGUUUGUCAAUGCCGUAGAUAGGAGAGGGAGAACUGCUCUUCGUGGUGCUUCAAAGAACGGAAACGCAAGUGUCUGUAAACUGCUUGUUAAUCGGGGUGCUUUAGUGACUGUUCAAGACAAAAAUGGUAUGACAGCACUGCACCAUGCAUCUGAAGGAAAGAUCAAUAAAGUUAAAGGUGUGGGGAUAGAGAUUGCACAAGUUUUGCUAGGCAAGUGGGAUGAGAGUAGUAUUUAUGAUUUUGUCAAUGCUGCAGAUAAGAGAGGAAGAACUGCUCUUCAUGGCGCUUCAGAGAAUGGAGACGCGCGUAUCUGCAAACUGCUUGUUGAUCGCGGUGCUUUAGUGACUGCUCAAGACAAAAAGGGUAUGACAGCCCUGCACUAUGCAUUUGAAGGAGAGGUUUAUAAAGUGAAAAUCGUAGGAAAAGAGAUUGUAAAUGCUUUGCUAAUCGGGUAUGAUGGAGAAAAUAUAUAUAAGUUUGUCAAUAUUAAAGAUGAAAGAGGGAGGACUGCUCUACACUGCGCUUCAGAGAAAGGAACCACAGAUAUCUGUAAACUGCUUGUUGAUCACCGUGCUUUAUUGACUGCUCAAGACAACAAGGGUAUGACGGCCUUGAACUAUGCAUUUGAAGGAGGGACUAAUAAAGUUGUAGAAAUAGAGAUAGAGAUUGCGCAGGCUUUGCCAAGAAGGUGUGACAGUCAAUCUAUUAAUGAGUUUGUCAAUGCCAAAGAUGAGAAAGGGAAGACUGCUCUUCAUUGGGCUUCAGAGAAAGGAAACGCACAUAUCUGUGAACUGCUUGUCAAUCACGGUGCUUUAGUGACAGAUCAAGACAAAAACGGUAUGACGGCUCUGCACUAUGCAUUUGAAGGAGAUAUUGAAGAAGUUAAAAAUGUGGGCAAAGAGAUUACACAAGUUUUGCUAAGAAGGUGUGAUGAUCAAAGUAUAUAUGCUUUCGUCAAUACUAAAGAUAAGAAAGGGAGGACCGCUCUUCACUGCGCUUCAGAAAAAGGAAACACAGAUGUCUGUAAACUGCUUGUUGAUCACUGUGCUUUAUUGAUUGCACAAGAUAAAGAGGGUGUGACAGCCUUAUUAACUGCUCAAGACAAAAGGGGUAUGACAGCCUUGCACUAUGCAUUUGUAGGAGGGAUUAACAAAGAUAUAAAUGUGGAGAUAGAUAUUGCAAACGCUCUGCUAAACAGGUGUGAUGAGCGGAGUAUACAUAUGUUUGUCAAUACUUCUGACAAGACUGGGAGGACUGCUCUUCAUAUCGCUUCAGAGAAAGGAAGCGCAGAAAUCUGUAAAAUGCUUAUUGAUCGCGGUGCUUCAGUGAAUGCUAAAACCAUCAAUGGUAACACAACCCUACACCAUUCAUUUGAAGGAGGGAUUGGUAAGGAUAUAGAUGUUAUGGCAGAGAUUGCAGAAGCUUUGCUAUGCAAGUGCGAUGAGCAAAGCAAAUAUGAAUUUGUCAAUGCCGCAGAUGAGAAAGGGGGGACUGCUCUUCACCUUGCUUCAGAGAAAGGAAACAUACGUAUAUGUGAACUGCUUGUCAAUCACGGUGCUUCAGUGAUUGCUCAAAACAAUCAUGGUAUGACAGCCCUACACUACGCAUUUAAAGGAGGGAUUGGUAAAGAUAUAGAUGUCACGACGGAGAUUACAGAAUCUUUGCUACGCAGCUGUGAUGAAGGAAAUGAGGAAGGGAUGACUGCUCUUCACCUUGCUUCAGAGAAAGGAAACAUACGUAUCUGUGAACUGCUUGUCAAUCACGGUGCUUCAGUGCUUGCUCAAAACAAUCAUGGUAAGACAGCUCCGCACUACGCAUUUGUAGGAGGGAUUGCUAAAGAUAUCGAUGUCACGACGGAGAUUACAGAAACUUUGCUACGCAGGUGUGAUGAAGGAAGUACAUACGAGUUUGUCAAUGCUGCAGAUAAGAAAGGGAUGACUGCUCUUCACAGCGCUUCACAGAAAGGAGAUGCACGUAUAUGUAGACUGCUUGUUGAUCACGGUGCUUCAAUGACUGCUCAAAACGAAAGGGGUAAGACAGCCCUCCACUAUGCACUUGAAGGAGGGAUACAUGAAGUCAUAGACUUGUUAGUGAAGAGUCCGCAUGUCUCUGAAUCACUUGAUUUAAAAGACGGUAAAGGAUACACGCCUUUAGGUAUAGCUCUUACCAAUAUGGAUUAUAAGUCAACAGUGAAGUUAUUAUUAAACUCAAAAAAUCCAGAAGAUUAUUUAGGUAGAGCUCUUGCUAACAUGAAUUAUGAGACAAUUGCGAAGUUGUUAUUGAAGUCGAAAGAGCCAGAAGCUUAUUUAGAUAUAGCUCUUCCCCGGAUGGAUUAUGAGUCAACAGCGAAGUUGUUAUCAAAGUUAAAGCAACCAGAAGCUUAUUUUGAUAAAGUGGAUCAGGAACAGCUCCUUCGUAACUCUCUACUGCUUGGUUCUGUAGGUGGUGAUUGUGAUGAGAACGGGAAAACAGCUUUGCAUCUGGCUGCUAUGUGUGAUGAUGAGCAGAGGGCACAUCAUAUCAUGUCCAUGAAAAUUGAAAGAGAAAAUCUAGUGAAAUUGAAAAACAUGGUGGCCGAGCGCGACAAAGGAGGGAGGACUGUCCUCCAUGAGGCAGCUUUGAAUGGAAAUCAUAUAAUCUGCAUAGUUCUUCUCAACUUAAAUUCAGAACUAAUAUAUAUCAAAGAUAGAGACAACCGAAACCCAUUAUUUGAUGCAGUUAAAGGUAAAUACACCGGCACAGCUCUGUAUCAGAAAUUGUUGACAGCAUAUUUCAAGAAAGAUAAGCCUGAUGAGGAUUUGGUGGACCGCAGCGGACUAACUCCAUUGCACAUUGCUGCUUCACAAGGCAAAGUCCAGGUUGUGAAAGAGUUCCUUUCUUGGCAUAAAAUCAAGACAAAAUAUUUGAGCAGAAAAGAUUUCAUCGGACAAACGGCCCUCCAUAAAGCAGUAAAAUGUGGAUACAUAGAUACAGUAGAAAUUCUAUUGAAUCAUGGUGCCCACCCUCUCAGAGAACGUGACUGCGAUGGCAGAACCGCUCUUCAUUACGCAGUGCAAGCAGAAACUGGAGACAAAGAGAAAUUGGCCCGUAUGCUUUUCAGCCGAUGUGAAUCAGACGCAGAGAAAUCACUCCUAUCAUGGGCAUCUGCAGCAGGCUUAGGCACUGCUGACCAAUGUAUAAGCGAAAAUGAUUCACUUUACAAAUAUCUUGUAGCGGCAAAAAGGACGGUUAGCAACAAUUUAUUGAAAAUGGCUGUUUCUCUAGGAGACAUUGAAAUGGCGAAAGAACUGAUUAGCAGAGGUUAUCAAAUUGGGGACAUUCUCAAUUCAAAUUUUCAAGAUGGAUUAACAAACGGAGAGAAAGAGAAUGUAGAGACAGGUAAGUUUUCAUUCCUACAUGCUUUCAAGACAAAUUGA